AUGGCCAUCUCCUAUCUGUUGUUAUUCAUCUUCAUGUUUCUAUGCAAUCCUCACACUAGCUAUACAAGUGCUUGUUCCCUGGAUUUCAACAAGUUCCCGUAUGAAGCACACAGUGAGUGCUUAGGCGUAGCCAACGUCAAAGAUUCAGCCAUGCAGUCGUGCUGCCACUCGGCUUUACAAUCUCUGUUCCAAGCAAUGGCUAUAAGAGCUAACAAGUCUGGGUCAAUAUUUCUUGAAUUAAACGAGGCUCAAGAUUGCACCAAAACAUUCCAAAAUCUUCACAACAGGACCAACCUCUCGACAUGUGAACUGCAAGAUUUUAUCUCUUCUUCAAAGACACCAAACUUAUGCUCAAAAGAUGUUGAUUCACUCAUAAAUCUUCUUGGGGUUGAGAGAUUCGGUGCCCUUCAAUCCAAUUGCAAUAACUUAUCAACUAGUAAUUACAAUGAUGAUGCUUGUUACAGUUCUGUCAUGUCAUUUAGAAGUUCUUUGCAAGCCUUGAAACAAAGUGGUGAUAGCCCAAAUGGAGAGUACUGUGGGGAAGCUCUUCUUCUUAGUCUUUCGAGCACUGCUACAGAUUCUGCAAACUCGAUCCCAAGAAUUUUUUCUUGUUUAUGGGGUGAAAUAGGGAAUCUCCUGGAAUCAAAGAAACUCCUUUCUGCGAUAAUAGUAGCAGCAAUCUUUGUCCUCUUAGCCCCAAUUCUCUACAAGUUAACAAGGAAGCAACUACAGCAUGCACGUGACAAAGACAUUGGUGAAAAUUUAUCAGUUCUUAAGAAAAAACAGGAGGAAGAAUCUGUAAGUUACUUAAACUGUUGUGAUCUCUACGUUUUCUCACAAGAUGAAGUAGCAAAAGCUACCAAUUCAUUUGGUAAUUCAAAUUUUAUUGGAGAAGGCGUUCUAGGGAAAACCUAUAUUGGAAUGAUGCCUAGUGGGAUGAGAGUGGCAGUCAAGAGACUUAAAGAAGGGGUUGAAGUUUGUCAUUUUCUUGAUGAGAUAUGUGAAAAAGCAAAAAUAAGGCAUCCAAAUUUGGUCGGCAUUAUUGGCUAUUGCAAUAAAGGAGAUCAAUCUUUGGUCUAUGAAUAUUGCCUUAAUGGUGAUUUAGCAACAUGGCUUCUAGGUGAUCGCUUGACAUCAAUCUUGACAUGGCAGAAAAGGAUGAAUAUAUCUAUAGGCAUCGCUAGGGGCUUGUGGUAUCUCCAUCACAAUCCAUUGAAGAAGAUAUGCCAUGGAGACAUGAAGCUAACAAAAAUAUUACUGAAUGAGAAACUAGAAGCCAAGAUUUCAGACUUCAAUCUGUCACGUUACAAAUCCAAGGAGAAAACGGGACAGGAGAAGAUUGCGAAUGAUGUUUUCAAUUUUGGGAUUUUACUGCUUCAAAUCAUGACAGGAAGAAAGUCCGCGUCUAUUGCUGAGGCAAGGGAUGCAGUUUUGAGAAAAGAAAGCUUGAGUGACUUGGCAGAUCCUCGGCUAAAUGGAGCUUACGAUUCAGCUGCAUUUCAAAAUGCAAUGUCAAUAGCUGUUCAUUGUACAAAUCCAAGUGAACGCGAAAGACCUAACAUGGAAGAAGUGCUGCAGAAGCUUGAGCAGACUCAGACACAAAUCUUGGUGAGAACCAAUUGUAAAGAUGUGAUUUAUUAG